AUGGCUGUACCAAAAAAGACUGCACCUGUUGCUGCUAAAGUAACAAAGACUGUUGAAGUCAAGAAGACACCAGUCGUCGAACCAAAGAAGACUGUUGAAGUUAAGAAGGUUGUUGCUCCAGCUGCUGCACCAGCCAAGAAGACUGAAGUCAAGAAGACUGCUGCACCAGUUGUCGCUGAAACCACCAAGAAGGUUGUUGCUGCUGCCGCUCCAGUUGCACCAGCCAAGAAGACUGAAGUCAAAAAGACUGCUGCACCAGUCGUCGCUGAAACCACCAAAAAGGUUCCAAUCAAAACAACCGCUCCAAAGGAAGAAGGUAAAAAAUUAAGAAGAAGAAAGAGAUCAAAGAGAGUACCAAAGGUUGCUGCUGUCGUCGCUCCAGUUGUUGUUGUUGUUCCAGCUACCACUAAGGCUGCUACUACCAAGACUGCUGCUGCUACCACCAAGACUGCUGCUGCCCCAGCCACCAAGGCCGCUGCUCCAGUUGUAGCUGCUCCAGCUGCUGCUACCAAGACUGCCGCCCCAGCCAAGAAGACUGUUGCUGCCACCCCAGCCCCAGCUGCUGCUCCAGCUCCAACUCCAGUCAAAUCUACACCAGCCACCAAGGCUGCCACACCAAAGAAGACCGUUGCUGCUGCUGCUCCAGUCGAAUCUACACCAGCCAAGACUGCUACCCCAGCCAAGAAGACCGUUGCCGCUGCUGCCACCCCAGCUGCUGCUCCAGCCCCAACCAAAUCAACUACCCCAGUCAAAUCAACCCCAGCCAAGAAGACCGUUGCCGCCCCAGCCCCAACCAAAUCAACUACCCCAGUCAAAUCUACUCCAUCCAAAAAGGCUGUCACCAAGAAGUAA